AUGUUGCGUUUGAUUGUAACAACCUACUUGGAACAGAAUUCAGCAGAUGAGUAUGUACCUAUCGAUCACGUCGUGGACGGGCGCAGCAAGAGGCGCGUGCGGCUGCUGAACCCCUACGUGUUGCGCCUGCGUCGCGACGCGCCGCUCGAAGCGUACAGGUUGAAGUUUAUCGAAGUAAAUACCAUUACCUAUUAUUCUCUUUACGAUAAGCUUUCCAGCGCAGAUACUGAAAUUGAAAACCUCCUAACCGAAAAUAAGACACUGAAAAGUACUAUAGAAAAGCUAACAUCGAAGGUAUCUAAUUUGGAACAAAUCUGCAAAUCUAGCACGAAGAAACGUAAAAAGAGCCCUAACAAGUCCAUACUCGUUUUCACGCCGAACGCGAACGCUACUAAACAUAAUGACAGUUUUAAUGGCCUGACCGCAGAUGAAACAUCCCGAACAGUUACAGAAUUAGUCCAGAAUUUAGAACAUGGGGUAAAAGCGCCAUUAACACAAAAUCAGGGUAUUGAUAUGCAAACAGAUGUGACUGUACAGUCGGAUGUCGUGGUACAUACACAAACUGCUGUCGCCGUGCCAACAGAUGUCGCUUCAGAAGAACCAGAAAAGACGGACAAAACCACGCAGGUUGAAAAAUUGUCAACAGAUGGCGCGCGUAAAGAGUUAGACGUUCCAAUUAGAAAACAGGCCAAUAGAAUAUUGAUUAUUAUUUUGUUAUUUUUAUAUUUCAUGAAUCAUGAUACUUGUAAGGCAACCGAUGAUAUUGAAAAAUGUGACAAAAACGAAAUCAUUAACAUAAGAAAGGAAACGGACAGUGCUGUUUUGAAUGACAUUAAAACGAACUGGAACUGUAAACCUCAACCACAAUGCAGAUAUAAAGAUAAUGAUUAUGUUGGUAACCAGGAGAGAGAAUUCGCUUUGUAUAAAAUAGAAAAACCUACUUUAUGGUUUUACGUUCAUGUUCAUCUGUUUGAGAAAUUAAGUACCCUUAAAGGAAACACUCUUUGGAACGACAUUACAAAAGGCAUGCCAGUCAGUGUUAGUUCGAUAUCACCGGAGUGGAGCAGCCCAGGAAUGAACGUGCGGUACAAGCCAGUCGAUAGUGUAGCGAGAGAAGAUUUUAUUCUACCUAAGAGUAGUUUAAGUUUAUUAGUGCCGCUAUUAGAAGAGAAUGUGAACGCGAUAUCAAACAACAUGGAUUCAUUUGACGACGCCAACUAUUUGCUGAUACCAACAGAAGAUGUUUUAGAUGUGGAUAAGACUGAUAAAUCAUCAACGACUCUUGCGAAUGUUUCUUCCAAUGGUAAAAAAGAGGGUCGACGAAAAGUAAUUGUGCGUGUUGCAAGAGCUUUAAACAAUGACAUGGCAGACAAAUUAACUGUUGUAAAUCAGGCAUCGAACAAGUUUUUAACAACGCGGCAUCGGGGCACACGCCACGCUCAAGUUGAUUUGGAAGCACGAGCAGAUGACAAUCAGCUAGUUCACGAAAGUGCACCCGGCCGAAUUGCAAUAAUUGUUGCUGAUAAUACUAGAGGCAGUCGAUCAACGUUGACGGUGCAAGUAACAAACACGGGGCUCUUCGUGGCGCGAUUUAGAGCACAAAUACGAGAUUGUGAUUCGGAUCUGAUAAAGCUCUCAGAAAAGCAGGAAGAGGACAUUACCUCUGAGGCAGUGUCUUUGCCACCACGGCACACGCAGCGAAUGCAGCUGCGCCUGCCAGCGUUCCCUCCCGGCGAGAAUGCCGAACUCCAGCACUUGCACAGGUCCUUCAUCUUCCUCAUAAGCUGCGAUGGUCGCUGGUCACCCAGCUCCAUGUCUGACAUCAACUGCUUUUACCUCUUAAAUGAGGACGGCGAGUCGGUUGCAGUUCGGGAUGCGCUCAUAAAGAAAGGCGAGCACUGCUACUGCGUGUGGCAUUGCGACUGCAUCUGUUACGGCGACAACCCCCGGUUGCCGUGCCGGGAGAUGUCUGCGGCGAGGCAAGACGCCGCGGGCUUGCCGGCACGGAACGGCGCCCGCUACGCUCGCGCUUGCCGCUAUCCUGAUGUGACAACGAUUAACAUUGCGGUCGUUAUUAUUGGUGUUGUUGGGAUGUUACUCUUUCUCGGUGUGUUGAAAGGUCUGUUGGGCCUGGUAUGGCCGCGGGCCGGCGUGUGGGGCCUGGACUGGAUCCUCGAGGAGCCGAGACCUAUGGACCGCUAUCGCGAGCGCUGCUUGCGCGCUCGCCGGGUGGUGUACGACACCAAGGGUUGGCCGGUGCAUCCGGACACUCGCAAGAAGACAGUCAGAGUGGUCAGCUUACCGGUGGAGUUUAUUUUGAAUGUUGUAUUUUUUAUGGUUACUCCUGGGUUGGUAGCAGUAGACACAUUAAAGCAUUUAACGAAAGGCAAGUCAUGGCACGCAUCUGAAGCCGUCGGCAACAACAAAGCAAAUCUGCCCAAACGUUCGCAGGAAACAUUAAGCCGCCGUCACCAAUCGCAGGGCCACAAGCUGUUCACGCGCCACCAGCGGCUGCCGCGACGCAAUUGGAUGACGCCCGGGGCCGAGCACCUCGCAACGAUGUUAUUUCCUUUGGUGCAACACGAUCACCAGCGGCCUGAGUUAGGCCCUGGCCUUGCAUCGGAGAGUAAUUCUGACCAAGAAGACACAGCGUUUGUUCUCAUGCGCAUGAAAGAGAGUUCGGAGUCACUUGCUGUAAGCUUACAAAGAUCAUUCGAAUAGAUACCUAUCUAAAUAAUAUUAAAACUGCUGUAGAUCCUACUGCAA